AUGUCGUCUGUCCGUGCUCAGAAAGGUGGUGUCUUCUUCCUGCAUGGGUACGGGGGAACCGGUAAAACGUAUAUGUGGCGAACACUUGCAAGUGCUUUGAGGUCAAAACAUGAUAUAUGUUUAACCGUCGCAACGAGUGGAAUUGCUUCGCUGUUAUUGCCCGGAGGUAGAACUGCACACUCUAAAUUCAAGAUACCCGUUCCAACAAUGGAUAACUCUACGUGCAAAAUCGAGUACGAUGAUGAUGUUGCAGAACUUCUAAGGCAGACAAAGCUUAUUAUAUGGGAUGAAGCACCCAUGGCACACAAACAUGCAUUCGAAGCACUCGAUCGAACUUUGAAGGAUGUAAUGCGUACGUAUGGUAAUUCAAAGGACGUCUUUGGUGGGAAGGUAGUUGUCUUCGGCGGUGAUUUUAGACAGAUUUUUCCUGUUGUGCCCAGAGGGAGUCGUUCAGAUAUCGUACACGCAGCCAUUAAUGCCUCUUAUAUAUGGCGUGAUGUACAAGUGUUAACCUUAACGCAAAAUAUGCGCCUUCAGAGCGGGCCAAAUGAUCAUGAAAAGAAAGAAAUUGCAGAAUUUUCAAAAUGGCUAUUGAAGAUAGGUGAAGGGAAACUAUCUGAGCCAAAUGAUGGAUUUGCUGACAUUGAAUUGCCACCGGAACUGUUAAUUACAGAUUAUGACGACCCUGUUGUUGCCAUUGUCAACAAUACGUACCCGGAUUUUAAAAAAAAUACCAGGGAUAUCAAAGAUUAUUACAGCUCAAAUACGGUUGAUAAGUCCGAGAUCCAUGACACCAACGUAGUUGAUAUCCUAACACCCGAGUUUCUCAGCUCCCUAACCACUUCGGGAUUACCAAACCAUCACAUUAAAUUGAAGGUUGGAACACCGGUUAUGCUUAUGCGGAACAUCGAUCAAUCUGAGGGUUUGUGUAACGGCACCCGGGUAAUGAUAACUAAGAUGGCCAACCAUGUCAUCGAAGCAAGGGUAAUGGUCGGAAAAGGUUAUGGUAACUUGGUGUACAUCCCUCGAAUGGAUAUGUCACCUUCACAAUCCCCAUGGCCUUUCAAACUUAAACGGCGUCAAUUUCCAAUAGUGGUUUCGUAUGCAAUGACGAUCAACAAGUCUCAAGGACAGUCUCUAGAUACAGUGGGACUUUACUUGCCACGAGACGUAUUCACUCAUGGGCAAAUAUAUGUUGCAAUAUCUAGGGUCACAACAAAAGAAGGGAUAAAAAUAUUGGUAUACGAUGAACACGAUAAGUUAAAGUCUACAACUACCAAUGUUGUUUACAAAGAAGUUUUCAACAAUGUCUAA